AUGGCAUCUGCAGACGAGAAGCCACCAGUCUUCAAUUACAUCCUCAGCUUCGUUCUUGUCGGCCUCGCGUGGGGCUUCACAACCCCUUUCAUCCGUCGUGCCGCUCAAUCACAUAAUCCACCUACGCAUCCGGUGCUCGAGAGCCCAUCAGUUCAAUCUAGCUGGCUGAAGUCAAAGUUAUACGGAGCUUUCUUUGCCGUCAUUGACCUUUUGAAGAACCCUCGUUACGCAAUCCCAUUGGUUCUUAACCUUACGGGAAGCAUCUGGUUCUUCUUGCUUAUUGGACAGGCUGAAUUGAGCUUGACCGUGCCCAUUGUAAACACGUUGGCGUUCCUCUUUACCGUUCUGGGUGAUUGGUACGUUGAUGGUAAAGUGAUCAGUAAAGAUACUGCGGUUGGAAUGGCUCUUAUGUUGGUUGGAAUUGGGUUGUGUGUUCAGAGCAAGCGUUGA